AGCACUAUUAAGGGAUCAGGUAAGAGGAAAACUUGAAUCAAGCAAACCAAGCCUUUCUGCUAAAAUGCUAUGACAAUUAAGAAACGAAGAGGUUCAUUAAUAUACAAUAGUUUUCUAUUAUACUAAUUACUUGCCUCUAUUUGCCAGUGCGAGAUAACGCCACAAGCAGGUUUUUGGUGAGAAGCGCAAAGAGAGGCAGUGUCUCAUUGACAGCUCGCCAAAUUUAAUAAGAGCUUUACCAAAGGCAAACAACGCCCACACAUUAGUCAGCAUAGCGUCAAAUUCGGAUGCUUUUAGUGUGCGGUAUCAGUGACAAGUGUUAAUAGCCUUAUCUAUCAGUUAAGUGAAUUAGACAGGAUCAAUUAAAAUGUUCAUGUUAACUUGCAAAUUACAGCCAGUUGCCACACAGGAGUCGCCCAGCGAAGAACCAAAAUGAAUGCAUAUAGCGACAGUAGUUUUCAGUUCGACUUUAGUCAAUGGGAUUUUCCUGCGGAGCGCAUCUGGCGACACAAGCCGAUAGAGGAAAUCGCAUGGAAAGUUUGCUCCUUUUUGCCACUGAUUCUAUUUGGCCUAUACGCCAACUGCAUCUUAGUCUAUCUGAUAGCGACGAACCGUGCGCUGAAAUCGCCAACGAAUUUGAUUAUAGCCAAUAUGGCAGUGGCAGACUUUCUAACCCUGCUGAUUUGUCCCAUUAUGUUCCUGAUCAACGACUUCUAUCAGAACUUUCAGCUGGGCUGCGUGGGCUGCAAGCUGGAGGGUUUUCUCGUGGUUGUCUUUCUGAUCACAGCCGUACUGAAUCUAUCAGUGGUCAGCUACGAUCGCCUCACAGCCAUUGUUCUGCCGCAGGAGACGCGCCUAACGCUGCCUGGUGUCAAGAUAGUGAUAGCCUGCACCUGGCUAGCGGGCCUGCUGCUGGCACUGCCCUUGGCCAUCUAUCGCGAGUACAGAGUGCGCAUUUGGCUCAACUUUACGGAGCGGUACUGCAAGGAGAACACAAAUGUCUUGCCCAAGUACUGGUAUGUGCUCAUCACAGUGCUGGUCUGGCUGCCACUGAGCAUCAUGCUCAUCUGCUACACGGCCAUAUUUGUUAAGCUGGAUCGCUAUGAGAAGCGCGUUUUGAGUCGCGAAAAUCCGCUGACUGUGAACUACAAGCGAAGCGUGGCUAAGACGCUCUUCAUAGUGGUCACUGUGUUUGGGGUGCUGCGUUUGCCUUUCACCAUUUUUGUGGUGCAGCGCGAAACGUAUUACAAGACGGAGGCGAGCGUGGACUGCAGCGUGCAGUACUUUUCCUACUUCGCACAAUAUCUGAUAUUUGUCAAUGCCGCCGUCAACCCGAUCAUCUAUGGCUUCAACAAUGCGAACUUCAGGCGAGCCUAUGCGCAAAUUGGCUGCGUGAAGCGACGACGGGCAGCCACGGCGGGUCGCGUUCAUCGCUGCUGCUAUUGUGACUUUGUCAGAAAUAGGAAGUGUGCACCGGUAAAUGCCGAGCUGAACCUGCAGCGGGACAUGUCACAAACAGCUGCUGAGGAAACGAAAAAACUGGACGAAACCAGCGACACUUUUGCCAAUGCCGACGAGUCUCUAAUGACACACCUUAAUAGCGAGGGCUACAUUUAA